AUGAAGUUUCUUGCCGGUCUCGUUCACGUCGCCGUCGCGUCCAAAGUCGUGUUUGACAGCAACGACCCCGCCUUGCGUGCCUGGUCCGACUUCAUCACGAAAAAUCACGGCGGUGCCGUGCGAUUCCGCAGCCCCCCGACCGCGGACGACGCGAGCGCCCCAGAUGGGCGUAUCGUCGACCAUGUUGCUUUUUCGAUGGACACGUCAGAGGUACCCCGUAACUCGUGGCUGCGAGUCACUAUAUGUCCUUCUGUCAAAGGCUUGCCGGACUGCACCGAGUCAAACUUUGAACGCAUCGCCAUUGUCAAUUUCGCCGAGCAAUUCAAUAAAUGGACCCCUGCCUCGUCGAUCGUCCUGGCUUCGUCGAACUUGUACUAUUGCACCGUCUUCUCGAACACGGAAGGCGACGUCAAGUCGCCACAUUGGUUGGCAGGUGCCAUGAAGUUCAACAACGAGAGUGAUCCAAUCACGACGUCGUAA